GAACCAGCGUACACAAUGUUACGAUCUGGAACACGUGAAGCAGUUUUGUGAAUGUCAAAUUCAUUUGAUGACAUAUUACUGUUAUCAGUGCUGUGCAUCAAGUCUAAAGGGGAAUAGAAUAUAAUAAAAUGACAUCCGCUCAGUGCAUUGUGUUGCCAGACAAUGAUGAAGGCUACCCACUGGACAUGUUCUGUGUUCCAAAACACUACGAGAAAGAUCUGGAGAACAUCCUGAUCCCCUCAGGCCUAAUCAAUGAUAGGAUCGAGAGAAUGGCCCGUGACAUUGUUCAUGAUUUCAAUCAGCAGGGGUUAGUGGCCUUAUGUGUGCUGAAGGGGGGCUACAAGUUUUUCACUGAUCUCUUGGAUAAGGUAAAAUUGCUGAACAGAAAUCUGGAAGACUCCGUCCCCCUUGCUGUGGACUUCAUACGACUCAAGAGCUAUGUUGAUGACAAACAGUCAAGUGAGAUUGAAGUGAUUGGGGGAGACAACCUGGAUAACCUCAAAGGAAAGAAUGUACUAGUAGUGGAGGACAUAGUUGACUCAGGGCACACCAUCACCAAGCUUUUGUCACUUCUGCAAAAAGUACAGCCCAAAACAGUCAAGGUGGCCAGUCUGCUAGUGAAGAGGACUACUAGAAGCAUAGGUUACAGACCAGACUAUGCUGGUUUUGAGAUCCCAGACUUGUUUGUUGUUGGCUAUGCAUUGGAUUACAAUGAGUACUUCAGGGACUUAAAUCACAUCUGUGUGAUCAAUGAACACGGCAAAGUAAAAUACUCCACUUAACACAAGUGCCUGCAGUGGACCUGCUGCCGAGAGCAUAACAUUAGUUGUGUUACUGAACAUUCUUUGGUCAAUCUUAACCCUUUCCCACAUAUAAGCUAAGUGAAAAUGGCUAUUUGCAAACAGCAUGAAACCAGAACAGCCUGCGAGUAACUCGCAGUCUGUUCAGGUUUUAUGUUGUUUGCUGCUCAUCAGUAUCUAAGGGUUGGAACUGAAACCUUUCAAACUUGGAUCUAGUAAGAAAGGUCUUCCAUUAAAUGUUACUUUCUAUGGGACUACAAAUGCAUCAAAAUACGUAUCUAAGUGGUAAAGGGUUAAUAUUGCUACAAAGGAAUUCCUGUUUCCAAACCUAUUUCUAGACUUAAGAAUUUCUUUAGACUUUGAAAACUAGUUCAGCUUUUUUCUGCUCAGGCAAAACAAACUGUAUUUUUUAUAGAUGUAGAGCAAGACUAUUGUACAAACAUUUGUAUUUUUUGUAAACUUGUGUGUCAUUCGAUCCAAUAAGCCAUGUACUGCCCCUUAACAAUUGUAUAAUAUAUAGACAGAUUUUUAUGCCCUCGGUAGGGUUGCAUAUAGCAGUUGAACUGUCCAUCUUUCAGUCCGUCAGUCUGUGCGUUCGUCCGAAAACUUUAACAUUGGCCAUAACUUUUGCAAUAUUGAAGAUAGCAACUUGAUAUUUGGCAUGCAUGUGUAUCUCAUGAAGCUGCACAUUUUUAGUGGUGGAAGGUCAAGGGUAUCCUUCAAGGUCGAAAGUAAAAAAUGCAAUCCAAGGGAAGUAAUAAGCUUUAAAAGGGAGAUAAUUUGUAAACCUGUCAAAUGAUAAAUUGAAAUUUUAUUUUAAAGUAGCACAAUAGGGAGCAUUGUGUUUCUGACAAACAUAUCUCUUGUAAUAAAUAAAAUGUGCUUAGCAAUGUGACACAUUUAAGGAACAAAUAUUGUUACAGUGAAUUUGUAAGUUAGGGAUGAUUAUUUUCUAUUUUAAAGCUAUCAUGCAAAACAAAUCAGUAAAGUUAACCUGUCCAUUGUUUCAAUGAAUAUGUAAUUUGAGUCAUUAGACACAUUUAACAUUUUUAGUAUUGCAUAGUUGGUAAUAAAAAUUGGUUAAACACUAAGCAUUUAAAGGCUGUUAGUUUUUCUGUUUUAGAAAAUGUUACUACAUUAAAUUCAUUAAAGUAAGGUGUAUGUUAAUAUUUAUACAUGAACAUUUGCUUCUUUGUGUGGGAUUUAAUAUAACACAUGGAAUUGAAACUACAAGAAAUUUAGUCCAUAUUUGAGCUGCAUCGAGCAAAAAUGGAUCUUAUCCUGGUUGUGCACUACUUAACUCCAAACCAUCCUGGGCAAUUGCUCAGUCUGGUCUGGAACUAACAUGUCAAGUAAUUAAAAACGUAUCUAAGUGGAAAGGGGAUAAUGAUACUCUGAAAUCUUGCUAGACUAUAGCUGACAUUGCAGCUCCUGAUUCCACUGUACAAAUGUGCAAAAAGGUAGGAGCUUAACCCUUUGCAUUCUGGGAAAAUUGUCGUUUGCUAAAAUGUUGUCUGCUGAAUUUAUAAAAUUAGCAUUUUCUUAGAUUUUUUUCAAAGAAUACUAUCAGAAUAGCAAACAGUUUGGAUCCUGAUGAGACGCCGUGUUCUGUGUCGUCUCAUCAGGAUCCAAACUGUUUGCAAAGGCCUUCAAAAUUCGGUUCCAGCGCUGAAAGGGUUAACUGGCAGCAUAUGGCAAGAUCUGUUUUAGAAUAACGCAAGUCAUAUGUAUGUGGUAUGCACCAUCUCACAAGAAUGCAUAUUCAUGUUACUCUAACAGCUAUCAAAAAUCAAACAACAUUAAUUAGAAAGAAAAAAUAGUAUUGUUUUUGUUUUUCAGCAAAAGGGAGUCUUUUAUUUGUUCACAUUCUUUUGUUUGAUUAUAACCGUAACAAUAAUGUUCAAAGUACCUAUGGUAUCAUGUGUAACAUUUUGUUUUGUCAACCAACAAAAAAAAAUGGGCAUUUUUACAACUGUGUGCAUUAAGUUUUUAAGACGUUCUGUCACAGUGAUCAAUUUUAUGUAAUAUUUUAAAUGGAUUUCAAUUGUUUGGAUAGCUGUUUAUAUCUUAACAUCUUUAGAUGCUUUUGUUUUUAGAUUGUAUACAUACAUAAACACUAUUAAGUUUUAUAUAAUAUAUCCAUUAAUAUGUGCUUUGUUAUGUGAAUUCUUAUAUUUUUUUGUCGUUUUUAUAUUCUUUUGUUUUUAUUUGUAUGGGCGUUUUACUUCACCUGUAAAUUAUUCUAAUAGCCUUGAAAUGUUUUGCCAUUCCAUCAUUCUUGUAAACUAUUGUAUUGCAUACGAAUAAUAGAGUACAAUUUACAUAAAGGCAAAACAGUAUAAUAAAAUUGUAUCCCAGAUUAGCCUGUGCAGUGCCCAUGUGCAGGGAAGUCUCUUCUAAAUGAAAAUCCCGUUUAGGUUGAAAGUGUGAUCCUUGAUUAGCCUGUGUGGACUGCACAGGCUGAUCUGGGACAACAGUACACCAUGCAUUAAUUCCUGUUUUGCCAGAACAAGGUUCAUUUCAUAACUCGGUGCCUGUACUUAACAUGUUUCCAUCUUUCAUCUGAUGGAGUUGUAGAUCCAUCCUUUGAAUUAAAUAUCGUAAGGAAUCAUUUUUUCAAUGUAUUCUGGUAGGUUUUCUGUCUUUAAAUAGAAAUGUGUUUUUAAUAUUUUUAAUUAACUCAGUAGUUGGACAGACCUAAAACAAAUAAUUGAAACCAGCGAGUGAAAUGCACUCAAAAACUAUUUCCAUUUUCAUUAUAAUCAUAAGUGAGCUAUAAGGGAUGAUUAUUUUAAAAAAAUCUAAUUUUAGUGUUUUCAAAUAAUGUAAACCAAGUUUCAAAGUAUUUCAUUUCAGAAAUUGUAAACGUUUUGGAAAAUUCUUAUCUUAUUUAAAUUGAUACUUGUAAUUUCUGUUGAAAUGAAUAUAAAAUACAGAUAUAACUGAAAUAUGUAUAACCAGUUUUAAAAGUGUUAUACUUUAAUAUAUUAUUGUGCAUUCUUUGAGGUUGAUUGUCCAUAAAGUCAACCACAAACAAUUAUUCAUUCCUAAGGUAAAAGCAUGACAAAAUUCAGUGAAGGCUGUAGCCAGACAUAUUCCAUUGUAAGUGCUUACUCAAUCUUUCUUCCAAUCAUUCGUGCUCAUGUCCAAUAUUUAACAUAAUUUCUAUGUUUUUUAACGGCAUUAUUAAGUCUUUGUUAACUGAUUUGUUCACAUUUGCGUGCAGUUUUAUGUAAACCUGUAUAAUUUUGUGUUUUAUAAAAGGUCCUUUAAAUAUGGUAGACAAGGUCUUUAUUUAGGACCAUAUGUCAACAUCAAUUACUGUUACAAUGGGGCAGUGCUCUGUGAAAAAAGGGUUAAAUGCAUGUGUGUGAAGUGUCGUCCCAGAUUAGCCUGCGCAUUCCGCAGAGGCUUAUUAGGGACGACCCUAUGCUUUAAUGAUACAUUACAUUACAUUUCUUUUAAAGAAAGUCUCUUCUUAGCAAAACAUUUACGCACAUACAUUAAACCCCCUUUUCACAGAGCACGGUCCAAUUGUUUCUGCGAAAUGAUUUACACUAUUGACCUUGCAUAGUUCAUUUGAAAACAUGCAUAAAAUAAGUUUGUUGUGUACAAAACUGAAGGAUAUGGCCCAAAAAAACUUUAAAAGGGUCUUUACAAGAAAAUGAAAUGAGUAUGAACACUCUAUUUAUUGAGUUUAAUUAAUAACUGUAAAAUUUUAAUAAUAUAAUUGUUAGAUAUAAAAGAUAAGAAACAAGAUGAGUGUACUUUGUAUGUUAAAUGUUAUUAAUAUUGUAUUUAGAAUUUAUGUUGUAUUUUUUAUCCAUAGUUGUUAGUGAAACAGAAUGAAUGUUAGUUGAAUGAUAAACAUUUUUUUUCAUAAAUGUAAAGGUGCAAUGAACAUUCCAAAAUAAAUUCAAACUAGGAAAUCCUGCCUUGAAACUUAUUAUAAACAUUUAUUUCGGACAAUAUCAAGAAUAUCCAACAUAUUUUGGCUUUUCUGUUUUGAAGUGCAAGAUAAGCGCUACAAUUGAAGUGCUACAUAGUGCUAUCAUUGAAGUGCCACAUAGUGCUAUCAUUGAAGUGCCACAUAGUGCUAUCAUUGAAGUGCUACAUAGUGCUAUCAUUGUAGUGCUAUCAUUGAAGUGCUUCAUAGUGCUAUCAUUGAAGUGCUACAUAAUGAUAUCAUUGAAGUGCUACAUAGUGCUAUCAUUGAAGUGCUACAUAAUGCUAUCAUUGAAGUGCUACAUAGUGCUUUUAUUGAAGUGCUACAUAGCGCUAUCAUUGAAGUGCUACAUAGUGCUAUCAGUGACGUGCUACAUAGUGCUAUCAUUGAAGUGCUACAUAGUGCUAUCAUUGAAGUGCUACAUAGUGCUAUCAUUGUAGUGCUACAUAGUGCUAUAAUUGAAGUGCUACAUAGCGCUAUCAUUGAAGUGCUACAUACCGCUAUCAUUGAAGUGCUACAUAGUGCUAUCAGUGACGUGCUACAUAGUGCUAUCAUUGCAGUGCUACAACAUAGCGCUUUCAUUGAAGUGCCACAUAGCGUUAUCAUUGAAGUGCUACAUAGCGCUAUCAUUGAAGUGCUACAUAGUGCUAUCAGUGACGUGCUACAUAGUGCUAUCAUUGCAGUGCUACAACAUAGCGCUUUCAUUGAAGUGCUAUCAUUGAAGUGCUACAUAGUGCUGUCAAUGAAGUAAUCUCAUAUUUACACACCAGUGUUUUUGUCUAUAUUAUAUGGUGCACAAAUGCAUUUGUGUUUUUAUUAGAAUUUCAAUGCUACUUACUGGUCUAUAUCUGACACAAUACAAAUAAGUGAAUGACAAUUUGUAUUAUACCUAUUCCAGUGUGUAGUGAAUUUCAUGUUAGUUUGGUUCAUAAUGUUUAUAGCUUAGAAAUAACUUCCUACAAACAGUCGAAGUGCUUUAUGAUUAAAAUUAUAAAUUUCAUGCUCCAUUGUUUGUCUUUACUGUAUCUUCAUCAUUCAUCAUGCAAUUGAAAAAAUAUUGACCACAUAAAUGGAACAUGUGUGAACAGACACCUUUAUUGUUUUAACAGGUAUUAAUGUAUAAGGUUUGUUUUUAUACAAUUUUCGACUUGUGAAAGUAUACUUUUUGCCAUUAACAUAUGUGUAUUUUAUUGUGAAGCAAACCAUUUUAUAGAUGAAAUAAGUUAAUUGCGUGUCUUAUCUCUGAAAGCUGUAUUCAGAUCCAUUUUGUAUCACUUUAAAGUUCACAAGUUAUUGCCCGAGUAGCAGAUUUUCAGAAGUCUAUAAAGCAAUCAUUGUGUGCACUUUGUGUAUGAAAUAUCGCAGGGAUAUGUUUGUCACGAACUUCUUUUGUUGUUUUGUAUGUGUGUUAUAAUUUUUGUGUAUGAAUAAAAUGAAAUAUGUGUU